GCCGGAAAGUGUAGAUUUUCGAGUCCGCUAACUCUCCAUCUACUCUCCAUUUUGGAGGACAAUGGAGAGCGGUGGAGCGUGGAGACCCUUAGAAGAGAUCGGCGGAGAAGCAGGUGCUUUUCAGGAUGGUAGCAAUUCAGCGGAAAGGUGCGUGGGCUCCAUGGGCUCUGCGAGAGGAAGGAACCACAUGCCCGCAGAAUUAGGGACGAGGGCGAUGGCGGAUGGGCAACUGGGAGCGGCGGGAUGGGGUGCAGCGGCUCGGCCAGAGAAGGUGGUCGGUUAUCCGGCUCAGCCCGCAACUAGGGGAGGAGGGGAAGCGAACGGAAAGGAAGUAUCGGCCACUUCGAACGCUGUGUCCUGCUCCCCCUCCCUCUCCUCGUCCACCUCUCCUCAACAUGUAGCAGCAGCGGAUACGCGUAGUAGUAGUGGGGCGAGGCUCCUCCCAUCGCUUUCCUUUGCGUUCGAUGACGACGCCGGUGAUGAUGAAGGUGAUGCGGCACAAUUCUAUGAGGAGGCGGCUGCUUUCGAGGGACGCGGGGAGAAAGGCGAGGACGGGAACUCGGGGUCGGUGUUGCGCGGGGACAUGAAAUCGAAUUGUCCCAUCAUCACCUGUGGGCUGGUAGAGGAGGUAGGCGGGAAGGUAGGAGAUGGUGGGGAUAUAGGUGCUAAUAGUGACGGGGGCGGGAUGGGUCAUUUAUUCGGUGGCGUAGGUUGCGAACCAUAUGUCUACGAGGUGGAUUUUUCCAAUUCAAUCGCACUGGUGGAGGGAAAGGCGGGAAAAAACUCGUUUUUGCAGGACGACAAUCCAGUCUCUGCGGCCGCGGAUACGCCUCUGUUGCGCAGCGCUGAAGCUCGAGACGUGGACGUGAAAAAGGAUACGGGCGGUAUGGAGCUGAAGGAGAGCAAGGAGCCGACUCGGAAGGAAGGUGACGAGGUGUGUUCACCCGCGGCCAUGGAGAACGCUGCUGGGUGGGGGGGAAUGGAGGGGGAUACUGCGGGAACAGGGGGCCGCGGCGGAGAUCAGGAUGAGAGGGAGAGGAGGCAAGAACAAGCGGGGGGAGGACAGCGAGUGUCGGCAACGCAGGGAAUGGCGCUGGCGCAGGCCGAGCGGACUUACAGCGUAUCCCCGAUUCCCUUCGGGGGAAGCACGGCCGACUUCUUUGCUGGUGGGGAGGAAGACGCGGAUUUCUUCACGCAGAUAGCAGCGACGGCGGAAGAGGAAGAUCAUCAUCACUCGAUGAUGACGGCAACUUGCGCAGCGCCGACGGAAGCAGAUGGAGGGGCACUCGGGUGGGCGUACGACGGGGGUUUCCACGCGGGCGGGGAUCAGCUCACAGAGACAGGCGACGACUUGACUGGAGGAGGAAUAACCACCGGAAGUCCGCCGAACGGGUAUAUGCAGAACGCCUGCUACCUCGGGGGUGCGGGAGGGCCAGGGCAAGCGUUCGAAUACGGCUGGGGAGGAGGAGGGCAGGGGACGGAGUUUGGGGGAGAUGGAUAUGGGGGUGGAGCGGGACAUGCGGCGGGAUUGGAGAGUGUUAUCCAAUCGGCGCCUGGUAUGGCGGACUCCGGGGACUUUGGAAUCGGAGCCAGUGCAGAGGCACCAAGCGCAGAGAUGGUGGAGUCGUCCUUGUCGGGGGGGGCAGGAAAUCAGACGACUGGCGGUCAGACGUGGUAUGGUGGAGAGGGGUACACGAGCGGCGGCUAUUGGCAACGGCAGCAGGCAAACGAGUGUGGAGGGACGGAGGAAGGGUUUCAAGGAGGAUAUGGAUUGAUGACGCAAGGUGACGUUGUGGUGGAGGCUGGGCAGCAGCAACAAUGGUACGGCUUGGGCGGGAUGGAAGGGAGGGUCGGAGCAGGCGGGAACGAUUCUUCUACGAUGGAUGUUCAAGGAGAAUCGCUGCAUUACACCUCCGAGGAGUAUCCAGGAUGGAGAUGGAAUCUUGUAACACAGCAAUGGGAGGUCGAUCCGAACACAGCGGCUUGGCCAGAACACCAGGAGGCCGCGUAUGUGGCACAGGGUGGCCAAGACGAGGGGAUUGUCAGGUCAGGAGAAGCAGGUACACAGAUGCAGCAUGCUGAUGGAGGAGCGAUGGGGGUUUACAAGGAGUAUUUUCCUGAGAAGCAGCCUGGAGGGAGUCAGAUGAUGGGGGGAAACGAGUGGUAUGUGGAUCCGCAACAGCAGCAACAGCAGUUUGUCGGGGUGUCAGGGGGAGGAAAGGGAUUUUCUGGCGGUGGUGGGGAAGGGGACGAAAUCUCAGACAAGAGAGAGGGGACAGCGAAGCGAAUGGGGGCUUCGUCUUCUUCUGCUGAGGGAUCGGAGUACUGGGGGAAAGGGUUGGGCGCGUCGGCAUCGGUUGCCCUGCCUGGUGGUGGUGGAGGAAGGAUGGAGGAAGAGAAGGGUAGGCGGGCUUCGACAUCGUUUGGUCAAUCGGGUUGGGGGGGGGACAGCAACCAGGUGCCCCCUGUAGACCACUAUGCCUCAAGUGGGCAGUACAGUGAUGGGGGAGUGAUAAGCAGUACAUGGAAUCAGGAUGAGGCGAGUCUGAGGAAGGCAGACGUGAUGGACGGCCCGUCGUUUUCCCCACAGCACCAGCCGCAGUACCAACAGCCUCCACCUCAGCAGCAUCAACCAAUGAGGUACAUGCCAAAGCAUUUCGCCUUGGAAAAACAGCUGUGGGCCGACACCCCCCCGAAGACGAAUGAUGAGGCGAUGAGAUCGACGGCGGGUAGGCCAUCGCACGCCUUGGUUGUCUUCGGCUUCGGUGGACGAAUGGUGGUGGCGAAGCCGCUGGUGUCAAUGCAUUUGCGCACCAGCACUGGCAACGAGUCUGGGGGUACAAUUUCAGCUCACGGUCCAAUUUCUAUCUACAGUUUGAAUCAGGUGGUGUGCUCGUCUGGGGAAGAUGGUGACAGCAUGGGAGGUAACGGGAGGUUGCACUUUGCAUGGUUAAGCGGUAAUGCUCUGGCUGGGCCGUUAGUCGGUGGGGGAAACGUAUCUCAAAAGGAUUUGCUGAAGUGGAUAGACGAGAGAGCAAGCAAAUGCCACGUGGAGGAGCCUGAAUGCCGAAAUCCAGAGUCACUGCGGAUGCUAUGGGGACUGCUGAAAGUUGCCUGCCAGCAUUAUGGCAGGCUGCGAUCGGUUGGUGUUACUGGUACGGGGGCCUCACAGGAAGACCAAGGCCCUGAGAGUGCUCUGGCAGAGCUCCUGUCCUCUCACAAGGAUCGGAAUGAGGGAGGAUGGGCGAAUGGGGGAACUGCGGCGAAGAGCAAUCCACUGCAACCUAUGCCAUCGGAACAUGAGAUGCAGUUGACAUCACGGGAAAUUACCAGAUUGCUGGUGGCAGGAAAGAUAAAGGAAGCCUUGCAGUGUUCUCGACAGGGCCACCUUUGGGCACCGGCUCUGGUCUUGGCCAGACAGCUAGGCGAGAGGACCUAUGUGGAGACUUGUGCAGAUAUGGCCCAGCAUCUGUUCACCUUGGGAUCUCCUCUUCGCACACUCUGUCUUUUGCUAUCAGGACAGCCAAAGGAGGUGUUUGCAGGAUUGUCAUCUCCCAUGGAAGUGUCGACAUUGCAGGAAGACUUUGGUCAGGAAGGGUAUGGCAGCAUGCUGGAUGAUUGGCAGGAGAACUUGGCAGUUAUGGCCGCCAAUCGGACUGAUGGGGAUGAGCGCGUCAUCAUUCAUCUCGGGGACUGCCUAUGGAGAUCAAGAGGGGAGGUAGCAGCAGCCCAUAUGUGCUACAUGGUGGCAGAUGCCCAGUUGGAGGCAUAUUCUUCAACAGCAAGGGUUUGUCUGAUUGGAGCAGAUCAUUGGAAGGGCACUCGAAGCUUUGUCACUCCAGAGGCUAUUCAGCGCACAGAGAUUUAUGAAUAUGCCAAGGUUCUCGGAAAUCCCCAGUGUGUCCUGCUGCCUUUCCAGCCAUACAAGAUUGUGUACGCGGCAAUGCUCGCUGAGGCAGGAAGAACGCAUGAAGCACAGAAAUAUUGCCAGGGAGUAUUGAAGCUUCUGAAGAACUCAGGCAGGUCUCCUGAGGUUGAGGCCUGCAAGGAGUCUGCAAUAGCUCUUUCAGACCGACUGAUGAACCAUAGUAAGGGAGGAGGCAGCAACAUCCAAAAGGGGAUAAUAGGAGGGUUCGUUAAGUUUAUUGAUGGCAAGCUUCAGAAGUUUGUAGGUGGACCGCCCACAGCUGUACCAAGUGUCAACGUCGGUGGAAACAACGAGAUUGGCGUGAUGCGUGCAAAUGGUGGGAGCAUGCGUGAUUUGAGGAUAGGGUCGUCACCUUCUGUGCAUGAUCCCGUCUCUGCUAUGCCAAAGUCCUCUGAUAGGAUGCCACCAAGGAGUGUAUCAGAACCUGAUAUUGCCAGGGCUAGCAGACCAAAGAGUAUGGAUGGAGGAUCAGCAGGAAGUGAGUCUCCGCUCAGCAGACCAGCAGGCAUUAUGUUCAAGUCUUUAUCUGGUGUGUUCAGAUUCCUUGUCCCACGGAUCAAGAAGGAGGCAAAUAUGGGAAGCGAGAACCAGUUUAUAUACGAUGAGAAACUCAAAACAUGGCGUUUUCGUGAUGAUGAUGGAAGUGCCGAUGAGCCUCCAGAUCUUGGACCGCCACCUACGGUACCUGCUGUCAAAAGUAUGCCUUCGACCAAUCUGCCAGGAGAUACUGCAAGCAGGCAAGUCUCUCCACCGAGUGAUGCACUUUCGGCUCCCCCAGGAAAUGGACCAGCAAGUGAUAGCAAUGCUCCACCUCGAGCCGGGGUUCUGCAGGGUUCAGAAUCUUCUGCGGGAAGUGGUGCCUCAACAGGGCCUGGUAUCCCAGCAGUGCCACCCACUGGGCCAAACAUGUUUUCUGCACGGAGAGGAGUCCGGUCCAGAUAUGUUGACACAUUCAACAAGGGAGGCGGUGCAACUGUCACUCCAAGCAGAGGCACCUUUACUCCACUGCCAUUUAUGCCAGCUUCAGCAGGUGUAGGGGGAUCUGGUGGACCCACUUUCUUUGUACCAGCACCUGUGCCAACAGGACAGAGUGAUUCAGAGUCGAAGGACGUCCUCGAUGGUGGAGUGGGAAGUGGUGAGACCUUCGCAUCCUCGUCAUUUCUGACACCUCCAGUUAGCGUUGGCUCAGGACUGAGUGGGUCUGUUCGACCAACGUUCUUUGUUCCUGCACCUGUCCCAAUUACACAGGCUGAUUCAGAAUCGAGGGAUGUCGUGGAUGGUCGAGUGGAAGGUGGUGUUGUCACGGAUCAAGGAGAUGAAAAGAUGAGCGGUGUAGGAGGAAUUGGGAGCGUGCAAGGGGGAAGGAGAAGGCCUCUUUCACAAUCGAUGGGUCGGAAGUCACCGCCGUUGUCAUCUUCAGGUCCAGCCUCUCAGAGCUCAAGAUCGUCUGUGCUACCCUCAGGGAGCGCUAUGCUGAUGAGGAGCACUAGUUCCAGCGAAGUGACACAAGGGACGGGGUUGUUGGACGAGUCCAUGUGUCAUGUUACCACAGCAACAAGUGCAGAGAGUACGUCCUGGGGAGGGAGUGAGAGAGACCAUGGGCGUGCAGCCUCAUGGGGGGGAGGGUAUACUGCAGCCACGAGCCCGGUGAGCGAGGCCAACACAUAUUACGGCGACUUCUCUUCAGCACGGCCCAAUUCUCAGUGCAUGGAGACCUAUGGUUCUUGUGAGAAGCCGCCACGAGGAAUUGAGGGCGCAAAAUCAGGGGAACAAAGUACCAGGAGUUUGCUAGGUAUGGGACAGAGCGGUGUUGGGUUGGGAGGCAAAGUAGGAGGGGGUGUUUCCUUGGCAGAGCUUGGUCGUGAGAGGGCAGACAGGAGGUCAGGUGGUGGCAUGAGUUUUGAUGAUAUGGACGAAGUUCCAUUCUAGUCGGGUGCUUUUGUCGAAGCUCUUGGCCUUUUGUAAUGUUUAUUUGUCAUGCAGGCUGCACAAAGGUCCUCAUCCAUUCAGUUCAACUGCUGAGUUGGCAUAGCUGUGUCUGUGGUCUUGCAGCGUUAAUAAGUGAUCCCCGAUUCCCCGAAGCAUCCUGGGGCAAAUGGGGUUUGCAAUCCCUGGCAUUCUCAAUUAACACAGGAAUUGGUCUGUGGCCAAGGAGGGUUUCCGAGGUGGGAUUCUUACUCUUGAGGGUUUUGCCCUCUGGCUCUUUCUUUCUAACUUCCUUGCUUUCAUUCUGCGGUGCGUGGUGUUAAGGAGUGUUUUCUCUGCCUGUUCCUCUCAAGUCCGAAAUGUUAUACGGCUGUAAUCAGUGUGCAUAGAAUGUUAGGCAUUUGCACAUCAUCGUGCAAACGGCAGGGUGGUCGGUGAUUGAACUGAAGUUUGCAGGCAUGCAUGUGGAAGUGCAAGGUAGUCAUGCUAUCCAGUGCAGCAUUGGGGGGAGCUGGAAGGGAUUUAUGUUCACCCUUGCUUGGGGAGACGAAUGUUUCGAAGGCGUUGUUGAUGCGAGGAAGCCAGCGUCUCUGAAGGGGCUGGCCACUGGAGGCAGAUUCAAAGCUGCGCAUUUGCAUCCUGGCAGAGGGGAGGAGGAGUAGAGGGGGUUCCUCGUGUACGUGGCAGUGCAAGGCACUCUUUUCACCUUUCUCCUGAGUUACAUCACCUUGUCAGGAGCUCUCUGAAGACCAACUCUAUAUACCCACUUCCCCUCAUCCCUUGUGCACACCGACCAGGUCGGCCUGAAAUAUGUGCCUUUUUGCUGCUGCUUUGCAUGUCCUCGUAUUUUACCACUACGUGUUCCCAACUCCACUGUCUCGGAAUCCCAACUGCAUCUUUCCUCUGUGUGGGAUUUGAGUAUGCGUGCUCCUCUGAAUGCACUUCUUCUGUGUGCGCUGUUCACACUGCUGUGUGAUCUUGUCAUUAUUCUUGCCAGGCCUGAAGAUGUGCCAAGUUGUUGCGGCUCUUCACAACCCCUGUUGGGCAUGUUUUGGUACGACUCUGCCUUUCCUCUGAUGUUGAUUGCCUUUUUUUUUUGUUUAGCAUCUUUGUUCUUGUGAAUUCCAGAGCGUGUGUCAUGUUUGAUGAAGUGCAAUGGAAGACCUCAGGAGUGGGGGGGGGUUGACUGGAAACGUGGGCGGUUGAGUCAGGUGGGCCUGGAUGAUGUCUUGGCGAAGAAUGCUGGAAUACGCUGUAGUAGUGAGGCUUCUGGUUGCUUGGGUGAUAACCGUGGAUGAUGUUGUUCAUGUGCUGAAGGAGGUGACAGCCAAUCGGAUAAUCUUGUUCUGACAGAGAGGAAAGAGCUCUUAGGCUGACUUGCCGGAGAGGGUGUGCUUCGGACGAUUCCGGAUACUGGUGAGCUGUUUGAGUAUUUCAAGUUUUGCAAUCAUCUGAACACGCUGGCAGUCCAGGACGCUUUUCUCUUUGGUGAGUUGGAUGGGCAAAAUUGGACUUUUGAGCAGGCAUGAUGGGGAUCCCCAAUGGCUGCCAGGGGCUGCCAAGCCAAGCUUGUAUUAAGCUCCAUCUCGUCCUUCGUAAGUUUGUGAGCUGCUUCCUUGCAUCUGUCUUCGGAAUGCUCUUCAUCAGGCUUAUCAAUAGGUCAAAGUCUGCAGUCAUGAGGCUUGAGAUGUUGAAGACAAUGUUAAAGGGUCUUUUUCAUAUGACCUUAACAGAGUUGGAAUGUAGUUGGUUGUCCCUGGAGUAGCUCGUCUUUGGUGGCAGCUUGGGGGACAUCUUGUGGCAACUGGUGGUCAUAUGCUGGUCAAUAUAACCAAAGGUUGAUGGGUUGCAGGGGAGCAUAGGGAAGAAGACUACUGAACUAAGCUGUUUUUUUGGCACCACAACUGGUUGUGAAUAAGAUGUUUCCGAUGGUGGUUGGCCGCCUGGGAAGUGAUUGACCAAUUACAAACAGAAGGGGACUGACCCAUUGUCAUCAUUUUCUAUACCAAAUCAUCUUGAGCAAGUAAGAGAAUAUUGGACAACUGCAUCUAAGGUCUCAUCAGCAAUCGCUUGAGAGAAGCCGUGUAAGUUCAUGAUGCUAGGUAUGACCCCUAAGCAGGGGUUGGAAUAGGGGCUAUUCUAGGUAUAGCACUCUGUCAUUUGUUCUCUGUGGCUCACGAGUCAUUUCCAUAUCAGCUGAAGUGUGAACAGCGAGCCAUGUAGAAUUAUUGGAAUGGCAUGAAAGAGAGAUUAUUUUGGACUUCCUGUGCACAGAGCCACACUUGCUCUCAAUUCAUUCCGCCAGGUAGCCAAGCAAUCACAUGCUGUGUGAUCCACAAAGAGGCAGUGGUUGCAAUGCAGUUGUGGUUACCUGUAAUGGUUUCUGAAUGACAGUGGUUUGUCUUCAUGUUGUGUGCGUCAAAGGUACGUCGCUCUGUGGCACUCUGUACUGAUCCUUGUACCAGGUCUGGGAAAAUGCUGUGGUGUGUUGACGUGGAGAGCAACUGCCUUGGCCAGUAUUUAGAGUUCAGCCACACUCACUCAAGGUGUUGAUCUCAGUGAGUUGUGAUGUUCGACAGAGGGUGAGAAGCCACCAUGCACAGUUGAGGGUGCGAUUUCCACUCACAGUCAAGGCUAUGAUUUUCAAAGCCCAAGCAUGCUCUCAUUUGUUAUCAUUAUACUAACUAGAUGACCCGUUGCGGCUUCGCUCGCAAAAACAGAAAAGGAAAACGCACAAAAGAAACAAAAAGCAUAAUGAACC